AGAAAAAUUGUGAAUACCUACUUUAAAAAUGGAAAAAUUUAGAAUUAGAUUGGCCAGACCAGAAGAUAUGGACAGUGUCCGAGAUAUGAUACAGGAAUUGGCAGAUUUUGAAGAAAUGCCCGAUGGACCCAAAAUUAGUGCUGAAGAUUUAAAGAGAGAUGGUUUCGGAGAUAUGCCACUAUUUCGUUGUUUCAUUGCUGAAUCUUUGGAACAAUCAGAUCCUAACAAAAAUCUACCAAUUUGUUAUGCUUUAACAUUUAUAUCUUACUCAACUUGGGAAGGAAAAUCACUAUUUUUGGAAGAUUUAUAUGUUAAACCAGAAUAUCGAAACAAAGGCGUAGCUACGGAUAUGAUCAAAUUUUUGGCUAAGCUUGCUUUGAGAGAAGGUUCAUCAAGAUUAGACCUUCAUGUUUUGGACUGGAACCCUGCUCGAAAAUUUUACGAAAAAAUGGGUUUCACAAACUUAACUGAAAAAGAAGGCUGGAUGUUCUGUCGUCUAACCAAAGGAGCAAUGGAAAAGUUAGAAAAUUUACCAUAACUUCAUCUUAUUUAAUUAGUCAUUUUUUAUGAAUGCUAUCAAUUGCGUAGAAUAAAAAAAAAU